UCGAUUUUCAUCUGGACAGUGGGUGGCGAUAACGAGACUGUUUCACAUCAAAAAGACGAGGAAGGAGAGUCCGAUAGUAGCUACAGGAAAAACAGCAGCGAGACAGCAGAAUAUUCAUUGUUUAUAUCGUUUGUCUGCCAGAAAACCUGGUCCAAGUACAAUGAAUCUGGAACGUGUUCCCAACGAGGAGAAACUGAAUCUUUGUAGGAAGUAUUAUCUGGGUGGAUUUGCCCUUCUGCCAUUUUUAUGGCUUGUUAAUGUAAUUUGGUUUUUCAAGGAAGCCUUUCUAAAACCAUCUUUCACAGAACAAGUGCAAAUAAAAACAUAUGUGAAGAGGUCAGCACUGGGUGUGCUCCUGUGGGCUGUUGUCCUUUGUACCUGGAUUACAGUGUUCCAGCACUUCAGGGCAGAAUGGGGCGAAGUGGGUGAUUAUUUGUCAUUUACAAUACCCCUGGGCACCCCGUGAAUUUUUAAAAUAUGAAUUUGUUGUUAACACAGAACUCUUACAUUUUACCCAACACACAUCUAAUUUGUUUUUGUGUCCAGAAUCAUUCACACCAUUAAAAUUCAAGUAACUUCCUAGUGUA